UCAACUUCGAAAAUGCUUUGACAGUGAACAUUACGUUUUGUAAAAACAUCUUCCUAACAUCAUUAGCAGUUGAUAAACGACAUCAUGGAGCUGCAAAGUUUUGUAACUGUACAAAUUCAAACAUUUGAUCCCAAUGCAAAUUUGGUGAAGCUGUCGGUCCCUUCAGAGCAAGACGAGGUGUCUGUCCACACACUACAUUCUAAAGUCUGUGAACACUUAGGUUUGAAGAAGAGUAGCUGGAAACAUUUUUGCUUAUGUCAAGGUUUUGACAAACCUGUGAAGAGAUACAAAGCUUCUGAGAUGCUUCUGGUGCCUGUGAAAGAUCUGAGUUUACAGAAAUGGUGCUUCAACCCUGCCGAUGAGAGGAGGAUGCUGAAGACUGACAGUCAAGCAGUGCAUCUUCUCAAUCUCCAAGCUCAGUACCAGCUAAGUGAGGGUAUAUUACAGCCAACAGAAGCUGAGAAACUGAAACUUGAAGAAUGCCUGGAGCCCACCUUUGUGAUGGAGGAACAGUAUGUUUCUCUGUGUCAGCAACUGCCCAACUACUACACCACCUGUGUCCGCAACUGCCAGCUAUGUCACACGCUACAACUGCCGACAUCGACCCCUGCUUGGCCGAGAAACAGUUUGUUGUCUGUUUUUGUUUCCAAGCAUGGUUUGAAAGUUGUAUCAGACAAUAGUGAAGAGCUAAUCAUAUCAUGGUAUGAAGUUGUGCAGUGGGCAUGGCAUGAAGGGGAGAGAACUCUAACAUACACAGUACAGCUACAAGAGUGUUCUCCCCUUGUUGAGUUACGUCUGAUGACCAUCCAGGCUGAAUAUCUUCUGUCAGCCACAAUGGAAGGAGUGUUUUCACUUAUGGCGGAUGACGAUGAUGCACCAACAUUCCACGCCUCCAUGAUCAGCAUGCAAGCAGACGGCAGCAAACAAUGGAGCAACUGCCUGUUUGAACCAGCUAAAGCAGCAGAAAGCAAACGUCAGAUGUAGCCUACGAUGUUUGGCAGCUUCGUCUUUCAGAUUUUGCCUGUGAUAUUUUUCAGUGUGUGGUGUUGAAUUUUUGAAUGAAUUAUUUUUUAUCAUAAGUAUUA